AUGCCCCCGAUAGAUUCUGCAACAGAAAUUCCAGAGGAACGCUAUGAUGUUGAUCAUGACUAUAGCAAGAAAUCAGACAAAGGGAAUGUGGUCCCCAAGGCUCGCUUUGCACGUCGUCGAACUCAUAACGAGCAGCUACUUGUUAGCUGCUGUGGAAUUAUCAAUGCCAGAGCAACCAUGUUUGGUGCUGAAUCAGUGUCUGGUGCUGAUGACUUCCUCAAGUCAAGAUACCUUAUUGCCCGUAAAGACAACUACUUCCAACAUGUCAUCAUGCCCGUUGACGUGUUUCACUUCAAGUCAAAACAUAAAGUCACUGAUGAAUUCUGUCAGAAACAUUGCAACCCUGCCAAAUGGAAUGAACUAGUGGGCGAAGAUGGGAAAUGGAUUUUUAAUUCUUCAGCAGCUGAACAAGUAAAUGCAUGGUUAGGAGGAUACCUUGCAAUUGUGCGAGAUAUGCUUGCUCAUAACUAUGAUUUUUUCCUGGAUGAAAUGAUUAUGCGAAGAAAUAAAUUAGUUCUUGGGCGGUUGUUAGAGUCUGGGCACGUACCAUAUAUUGUACCAUCGUAUGAUGAAUACCCAUAG